AUGCACUUCUCCGAUUUUCUUUCGCUUUUGCUCCUGUUAGCCUUGGAAUGGAACGUGGAAGCUAUAAAGCUGGUAUGCCACGAUGAGACUUUCGUUCCUGAUGCUGUGCUCCGAGUUACAGCAGAGAACCAUACGACAUCAUGUCUCCCAUCAAAGUCAACAGUGCUCGUCAAUGGUACUUCGCCAGGACCUGAGCUUCGUCUAGUGGAGGGUCGAACGUACUGGAUUCGAGUCUACAAUGAUAUGCCUGCGGCAAACUUGACAAUGCACUGGCAUGGCCUCUCUAUGGCUGUAUCACCUUUCGCAGAUGGCACCCCUUCCACAUCUCAAUGGCCCAUCCCGCCCAUGCAUUUCUUCGAUUACGAAGUGAGCCCCGCUGUCGGUAUGGCUGGUACUUACUUCUAUCAUUCCCACGUCGGCUUUCAAGCGGUCUCUGCAGCAGGCCCAUUAAUCAUCGAUGACUGCGAGGAGCCGCCGUAUAAGUACGAUGGCGAGAAGAUUGUCUUCAUUGGUGAUACCUUCACAGGGAAUGAUUCUACAAUAGAAGCUGGACUAGUCCAUAACCCUCUGGUGUGGAGUGGAGAAGCUGCUGCGAUUUUGGUCAAUGGUCAAGGAGGUGGAACAAACAAUGGAACUGCUUGCAACGCCACUCUAUCCUCUCUAGAUGUGGAGCCAGGCAAAACAUACCGGUUUCGAUUCAUUGGCGGGACAGCACUUACAUUUGCGUCUCUUGCGAUUGAAGGGCACAGUAAUUUGACUGUCAUUGAGGCAGAUGGAUCUUAUACAGAACCAUAUAACACGUCUUUCCUCCAAGUUGCAGCCGGCCAGCGUUACAGUGUCCUGUUGACAACUAAACCUGCCUCUGAGCAGACCAAGUACUUCAUGCAACUUGAGUCCCGUGAACGCCCAACAGUAACUCGUGGAUAUGCGGUCCUCAAUUACGGCACUCCUGACCCGCCAUCUACCUUCUAUCCUCCAGCUCAACCCGUCAUGACGCUCCCAAACACUACUCUAGGGUUUCUGGAUUAUGACCUCCAUCCACAUUCUAUGUACGGAGAAGAAUACCCCUCCGCCCAGGACGUCACAAGAACAAUUACGAUGACAGUUCAUCAACGAGUAACAGGUCCAACUAUCUGGGUAGAGAACAAUUACAACUGGACAGAACAAUUUCCUCAAGAGCCAUAUCUUGUGUCCCUUUACAAAAAUGAUGGCAUUGAAUUUCCUUCCAUGGAGCGAGCUCUUGCAAACAACGGUAUCGACCCUGUGACUCGAUCCUUCCCCGCUCAAAUUGGAGAAGUGAUUGAGAUCGUCAUCCAGAACACUGGAGCUGACGCAGGUGGCCUUGACGCACACCCCUUCCACGCUCACGGAGCACAUUACUGGGAUUUAGGCUCUGGAAAUGGGACAUACAACGCGACUGCAAACAAUCUGAAACUAACUGGUUCGCAACCAGUGAAGCGUGACACCACUAUGUUGUACCGAUAUGCGAUGACCACUGGUAAUGGCACACGGAUGGGCUGGCGAGCUUGGAGGUUGAAGGUCACAGAGCCGGGCGUAUGGAUGAUCCACUGUCAUAUCUUACAGCAUAUGCUUAUGGGGAUGCAGACUGUGUGGGUGAUGGGGAACAGUAGUGAGGUACUUGGGAAGGUGCCUACUCCAGAGGUUGAGGGGUAUUUGACUUAUGGUGGAGACGUCUAUGGAAAUGAGACGCACGCGCCAAAUAUUGUGCAAUUUUCAGACGAUUGGGAGGAGGAGCAGUAG